UACUAAUAAAUGCUGACUCUAGCUAGCCAGUCAAGCUAACCUAGAAGGUGUGCUUCUGUUGCUUUGCUGUGUGACGAGGAUGCUUCUGUCUGUCUACACUGUAAAUAAAAGCUGGUUCAGUGAGGUUAAAGAUUGCAUCCACAGAUACAAUCACGCUGGAAUACCUGAACAAAACAAGUGCUCUGGGUUUCAGAGCCACUCCUAAACAUCAGAACAGUGGUCAGUAUAGCAUAUAGUCAUCUUCAGAGAUGAUGGACCGUUUAGACUUGGGAGUAAAAUCUUAAGCAUUUCUUUUAUUUGUCUCGUUUUGCAUGAGGGACAUUGUUUUUUUCAAGUGCAUGAGGAAAUGUUUUUAAGUUGACUGAUCCUCCCUGUUGGAUCAGUUCUGAGUUGACUUGUGUCAUCACUGAUGUCAGUCUCUGCUGUUGGUUUAUGCUGCGCCCAUUCUUUGUAGCAACUUUAUUCCUCUUUUUAAAACAGCACCCAACAACUUUUAUUGCAUUUUUGACGAAAACGAACAUUAUGUUAUGUUGCGGAGUACAAAGGUUUCCCUAAUAAGUUUUAUGAAGCCUUCGUGCAGUCUUAUCAAAACAGCUCCUCAAAUGUGUACUCUUACAACGGCGUGUCUGUUGUGGACCAGGUGCCGUUUUGGCUGCUUGUGUACCUUCAGAUGUUUGUAACCUGCUGCACGCUGGUAAAACAGGAACAACAGCAUCGAUGAGUCAGCAAAAAAGGUUGGUUCCUUUCAGUUAGAUAAGAUGAUACGUUAGUAGCUUGUUUUCUCACCUCAAAAUGUUUUAUUCAGUUUAGAGUUCUAAGUUGUGGUCUAAAACGAUCUAUUCUAAAAGUAAGUGUUCCCUCCACAAAGAAGAAAUAUGAGACAAAAAAAUAAGGAUUUGUUAAGAUACCAUUUAAGUUGUUUGGGUCUCAGGCCACUGUUUGUUUCUUUUUCUGCUUUUGAUCCCAUCUGAUCCUUCCGACGUUUUCUCCUUCUUCAGACUUUUUCCCUUUGCACUCAGUGUUUGUUUUGGAUAAUGGCGCCACACACGAGCAGCUGCACAACAUUGCCCAGGAGGUUUGGUCCACUUUUGACAGCGAAUGACGGUCAAACAAAUCAAAUGAAGGUUUCAUGUUUUUCAGCUUCCUUCUCCCAAUCAAAAAAAGCCCCCUAGACCAUCCUGGUGUGAGAAUCCUCUCCCAAGCUGCAACAACUGGGUUAACAAAUGAAAUAUAAGAAAAGCAUCUUUAUUGAAUAUCUCACUACAUUAUCCAUGUGUUUUUAUUAUUCUGUCUUUACCUUUUUAUAGCUCUAAGUUUAUCCUUUACUGUGCAAAACCAUGCAGAAAGGUCAGCCGCAUGCCCAAACAUUAGACUAAUGUGGGGUAUACUAAGGUCUCACUUGAUCUUUGACCCCUUUUAUAUAUUCCUGCUGCUUUUCCAAACCCCCCUUCCCCCUCUGACCACAAAGACACAGUCCUACACAAAGCUACGUGUCUUUGUCUACACUUUUAACCAGAAUCUAUGGCAUGAAACGUUCUAGUACUGACCUUUGUAUUUAUGUAUCUGCUGUAGUGCUGACACUUGUGGAUAUUUGCUCUCUUCCUGCUGCGUUUUACAUGUAAAUGUCUGCAGUUCCUGCUCAGCGCGGCUCUUGUCCCAACUUUUCUCCCACUGAGGCAGCAUGCUCUUAUCCCCUCCACAUGCUGGUCAGGGAUGACUUGUCAUGAACCUGCCAGGCAGACGGCGCGUGCACGGGUCUGUGUGUGCUCGAGCGUCUGUGGUUUUGAGGAAAAACGAAGAGUAACGGAGGGCGCUGCUCGAAAGAGGUACUACCCGCGCCCCACGAGAAGAAGAAGUACCCGGUGUGGAUUACAAAUUCCUCUCUGUAGAGGAAUUCCUGGAGUUGGAGAAAAGUGGAACCCUGUUGGAAAUAGGAACAUAUGAAGGUAACUAUUAUGGGACUCCCAAGCCACCGCUGCAGCCCCCCGGUGGGAAAGUGAUUAGCGGUGGUGGUGAUGCCCUACUGCCAGACGGGCUCAGCAGAAGCCUGCCGGGCUCACAGCACUCCACUCCUCGACGCGCCAAGUCCUACAAUGACAUGCAAAAUGCUGGAAUAGGGAUUGGUGAGCAGCUACAGGAGGACGACGAGGACCUCCCUGAUAUGAACAGCAGCUUUACAGGAGACUCUAGUGAAUUUGAAGACAUCCACCCGCCAGCGCGCCCCUUUGCCCUUCGCCAGAGUGACCUGUCCUACGGCGGCACGACCCCCUCACCAUCGGCCACCACGGAGAGCACACAGCAGACACACCCUCACCUGAGCCAUCCUCCCCCGGAGGACCCACUGGGACCUCUACCUGACAACUGGGAGAUGGCCUACACCGAGAACGGAGAGGUCUACUUCAUAGACCACAACACAAAAACCACCUCCUGGUUAGACCCUCGGUGCCUGGACAAACCUCAGAAACCCCUGGAAGAAUGUGAAGAUGAUGAAGGGGUGCAUACGGAGGAGCUGGAUAAUGAUCUAGAGCUUCCACCAGGAUGGGAGAAAAUAGAAGAUCCAGUUUACGGGGUCUACUAUGUUGAUCAUAUCAACAGGAAAACCCAGUAUGAGAACCCGGUGCUGGAGGCUAAGAAGCGCAGGCAACUGGAGCAGCAGCUGCCCCAGUUGCCUCAGCCCCAAAGCCAGCAGCCACCUGAAGGUGAGCGCUACAUCCGAGAGUGGAUCGAGGACUCGGCGUUGGCAGGGGCCCCGCUGGUCACUUAUGCUGCCAACCAUGAGACCUACAGAGACCCCCAAACGGGCCCCACCGUGCCCAGUGCCAUGGGACAAAAACGCGGGAAGCCUUUCUUCACUAGGAACCGGUCUGAGCUGAAUGGGACCUUCAUUAAUACCAAGCUGAAGAAGAGUCGCCGUGGGUUUGGUUUCACUGUUGUUGGAGGAGAUGAACCAGAUGAGUUCCUGCAGAUCAAAAGUCUGGUUCUGGAUGGACCUGCGGCCCUUGAUGGCAAGAUGGAAACAGGUGACGUGAUUGUGAGUGUUAACGACAUCUGCGUGCUGGGGUACACACAUGCCCAAGUUGUAAAGAUUUUUCAGUCGAUCCCCAUUGGUUCCAUGGUCAACUUGGAGCUGUGCCGUGGCUACCCAUUGCCUUUUGACCCCGAUGACCCAAACACCAGCUUGGUUACCUCGGUGGCUAUACUCGACAACAAAGAUCCCAUCAUCGUCAAUGGCCAGGAAGUGUCUAACAGUUACGACUCGCCAUCCAGCCACGGCAGUCAGAGCACCAACAAUGGCCCAACCAAUGGUGGGGCACCCCUCAAUGGCCUUCCCCGACCUCACAGCCCCUCUGCAGAGACAGCCUCUGACACCUCCUCCCAGCUCGGCUACUCCAGUGACGUAGUGACCCUGGCUUCGUCCAUCGCUACACAACCUGAACUCAUCACUGUACACAUGGAGAAAGGAGACAAGGGCUUUGGCUUCACCAUCGCAGACAGCCCCGGUGGCGGAGGGCAGCGGGUGAAGCAGAUCGUGGAUUACCCUCGGUGCCGCGGCCUCAGAGAGGGUGACAUCAUUGUGGAGGUGAACAAGAGAAACGUGCAGAGCAUGUCUCACAACCAGGUGGUGGAUCUGCUCAGCAAAUGCCCCAAAGGCAGCGAGGUCACCAUGCUGGUGCAGAGAGGAGUGGCACCUGCAAAGAAGAGCCCCAAACUGGAUGAUUUUGAACUGGCUCCUCCAUACAGAGAUUACACUAGGAUGCAAUUGUCAAGAAAGGACAGUCAGAACAGUUCCCAGCAUAGCGUUUCCAGCCAUCGGAGCGCCCACACAGACUCGCCCGUGCAUUCGUCCCUGGGACCCCCUCUCAGCGAGACCAGUGCUCCCCCGGCCCCCUCGCAGCCUCUGCCUGGCCUCCCAUCCCAGGACUCCCAAGGAGACGGGACCAUCCAGAGGAAACCGGACCCCUUUAAAAUCUGGGCCCAGUCCAGGAGCAUGUAUGAAAGUAGGCUUCCAGACUUCCAGGAGCAGGACAUAUUUCUGUGGAGGAAGGACACAGGGUUCGGCUUUAGGAUCCUCGGAGGCAACGAGCCGGGAGAACCCAUCUACAUCGGCCACAUAGUGAAGUACGGCGCUGCAGACGAAGGUGGGCGCCUUCGAUCCGGAGAUGAACUGAUAUGUGUGGAUGGCACAGAGGUGGUGGGCAAGUCACACCAGCUGGUGGUGCAGCUGAUGCAGCAGGCUGCCAAGCAAGGACACGUUAAUCUCACUGUGAGACGCAAAACCAGCUACGCAGUUAAAGCAGAAGGAGAUGUGCCUCCGUCGCCUGCUUCCUCUCACCACAGCAGCACCCAGGCGCCCAGCCUGACGGAGGACAUGGGGAGACGCACCCUGCAGGGCAGCCAGAAUUCACUCAACACCGUCAGCUCCGGCAGCGGCUCUACGUCCGGUAUCGGCAGCGGAGGAGGAGGAGGAGCCGGGGUGGGGCUGAGCGGGAACUCCGUGGUUGCCGCUACAGCCGCCAACUCCUCCUUCUCCCAGCCUCCCAACACCAACUCCACCGGCGCCUCCUCUGCUUUGCAGCCCUAUGACGUGGAGAUCCGACGUGGCGAGAACGAGGGAUUUGGUUUCGUCAUCGUCUCAUCGGUGUCUCGGCCCGAAGCAGGCACCACCUUCGCUGGAAAUGCAUGUGUGGCCAUGCCUCACAAAAUAGGGCGCAUCAUUGAGGGGAGCCCAGCGGACCGCUGUGGGAAGCUGAAGGUCGGCGACCGCAUCCUGGCUGUUAACGGAUGCUCCAUCACUAACAAGUCCCACUCUGACAUCGUCAAUCUGAUCAAGGAGGCUGGGAACACUGUCACUCUACGCAUCAUUCCCGGGGAUGAGUCAUCGAAUGCAUCUUUGUUGACAAAUGCUGAGAAGAUUGCCACCAUCACCACCACUCACACACCUCAGCAACAGGCUGCAACUGAGGCCAGGACCAACACCAAACCAAAACAGGAGUCUUAUGAAUUUAAAGCACCACAAGGCACCCCUCCCCAGCCCCUCACCCAGACAGACUCUGCUCAGGAUUCUGAGUUCUACUCGGUGGACCUGGACCGGGACAACAAAGGCUUCGGCUUCAGCCUGCGGGGAGGCAGAGAGUACAACAUGGACCUGUACGUGCUGAGGCUGGCUGAGGACGGAGCAGCUGUGCGCAACGGAAAAAUGAGGGUAGGCGAUGAAAUCCUGGAGAUAAACGGCGAGAGCACUAAGGGCAUGAAGCACGCGCGAGCUAUCGAGCUCAUCAAGAACGGAGGCCGACGCGUCCAUCUGGUGCUCAAGAGGGGUGACGGCUCCGUGCCUGAAUAUGACGGCAAUCCCAACGACGUCAUCACAACCAGCUCAGCCACAGGGAUACAAAACGCUGCGGAAGUGAGCGCCCUGCCCCAGACCGACACACCAUCAGAGUCAAGCUACCCACCCGAACCCCAGCAGUCAUCCCGAAGCAGGCCGGAACCGAGUCGCCGGACUCAUGAUACUGGCAGAAAACAUCGUUCCCACCACCGCCACCACUCCCCCAACAAAACAAGCACUGGAAGACACAGGGGGAAGAUGUCCACUGGUCCCAAGCAGUUGAAGAAGGAUGGCAGUCAUGGCCACCACCACCACCAUUCCAGCAGCCGCCACCGUAGUCGCCACCGUUCGCCUAACAAGGGGCACAGCCGGUCGCGCAGUGCAGACAACACCCUGGAUCACAAGAGUAGGGGGCACCAGCGAGGCCGCUCUCCAGAUCGGAGGCACGGUCAGCACUCCUCCAACCAUCGCCAUCGCUCGCCGCACCGCUCUCCUAGACGCUCACCGUACCGCUCUCCUAGACGCUCACCGUACCGCCACAGGUCCCCCCACCGUUCUCGGUACAACUCCCCCACUAGACGUCGGCACCACUCCUCAGAUCCCUACCGGUAUGACACUCCAGAGGGACAGGCCCGCAGCAAUGAGAAGCCCAGCAACACUGAGAACAGGUAUGAUUAUGAUCCAGUGAAGACCCCUGAACCCAGCUACCCUUUUGAGGAUGGCAUCCUUCGAGAGUCCUCAGCCCUGGACCGCCUGAACAGGGAACCCAUGUUGCCAUCACUGCGGAGAGAGGAUCGCCAAUAUGGGGAGAACAGUCUGCUGAGAAGUUCCUCCAUGGAGAGGAACUACAGAGCGGACAGGGUGCUGAGAGGCAUGCCAUCACGUGAUCAGGCAGACACUUAUAAAGACAACACCCUGCCUAGAGUCCGCACCCCAGACUUCAAUUCAGCCUACCUGAAGUACAGCUCUCUGCUCAGGGCUCGCACACCUGACUCAACGGAUAGGGUGGACUACCUUGCCAGCAGAGGAAACACCCCUGACCUCCAGUACCGGUCCCGAAGCCUGGGACGAAACAUCUCCCCAGUCAGGUUCAAAGAGGACCAUUCUGAGGAUGAAGAGGACGAUGACGAUUUUGUAGCGGCUAAAGUUAAAGAAUACUACAGCACGCUCAAGUCCAAUAAGAGUCAGCCGUCUAAGCCCACGUUUCCUGAGCCCAAGAAGACCUACAAGGAUAAUCCCAAAGACCUGAGCAUCUGAUUGGACAGCUGUCAGCCAAUCACAAAAACUACCCACAUAACACCUCAAGUACUCACUUCCAUUACCACUGGGUUCCACAAGAAUACAAGUACUUAUGUAACACACACACACACACACACACACACACACACACACACACACACACACACACACACACACACACACACACACACACCAUUUAUGCACCCAUACACUAAUUAUGUAACAAUAUUGAGUUACUAACAACAGUGAUUCCAAAAUGACUUUUGAAAGAUGUAUUUUUCUUUUUUAUUGUAUGUUUUCUUUCUUUUCUUGUUUGAAUUUAAACAUUCUACAUUUAAAAACUUUUCCAGAAAAUAUAAAAUUGAAGGAAAAAAAAUCAAUGAUGUGCCUAAGAGUUCCAUUAACAAGCAGCGUUUUGGUCUUAAUUUGAUACACAGCGGGCGUUUUGUUGCCCCGCUGUCAGACGAUGAAAUGUAUGUACUUUUCCAUGAUGAUUCCAUGGGAAGUACCGCUGCCGGUGCUCCCAGCGAUGCUGUGCAUGUCUUUACCGGUUUCAGUGUCUCUUUCUCCAUCUCUCCUGUCUUUGUUCUUACUCUAUUCUCUCUCUCUCUCUCUCUCUCUCUCUCUCUCUCUCUCUCUCGCUCUCGCUCUCUCUCUCUCUUUCCUUCCAGUGCCACUGUUUUUUAAACAUUUGACCAGACUAUAGCACAAGCCUGCAUUCGUUUGUACAUUUUUGACAGUUUGCAGUAUGUGUACAUUCAGAGGUGAUCAUUUUAAAAUGAAUGAAAGGAAGAUAAAAGGUUAAUCUAUGAUGAUGAUGAUGUUAAAAUAAAAUAAUAUAUUCAACAAAUGCACAUUUGAGGUUCAUUAUUUUGGUUUGUUUGCUCAACCUUUUUUUUUUUUUUUAGAAUUUAAACUUUGCUCUUGGUCAUGCUGAAUCCAGUCCAUUUGCUGAGACUUCAUCAUGGUGCAUGAAUCUGGGUCAAAAGUGAGCUGUUAAUG